UUUAAAAAAAAAUCUCUCUCCGUCAAGCCUGGCGUGGAGUUUUUUUUUUUUGUAUUAUUCUCUUCAAGGCACGAAUUUGCCAGUGACACCUCACGUGAACCUCCUUCAAUUUCGCGCACUAAUCCUAAAAGAAGGCAUGAAGUGUUAAAUGUUAGAAACACACAGAACCGCGUGCAGACAAGGAGAGAGAGGGCGAAAAACGAGAGAGCGACGCACGCGCUGUUCUAGUGCGUCUGUGCAAACACUGCGUUAAAGAGAGAGAGAGAAAAAAGAUCCAAUUUCAAAAACCAAAAACGUGCGCAGCACAAUUAGGCUAGAAAACCCCUUGUUUUUCCACAUUUUUUUUUUUUAAAUAAAGAAAUCAAGCUGGCUCAGUGCGUGUCACCGCAGCCCGCUUUGACAGGUGCUGCUCAACCCGUUUGGAGGACUGCUGUCAGCAGCAGCAGCAAAAGGAUGGCAUCAGAACUGGCAAUGAGCAACUCCGACCUGCCCACCAGUCCCCUGGCCAUGGAAUAUGUUAAUGACUUCGAUCUGAUGAAGUUUGAAGUGAAAAAGGAGCCGGUGGAGCCGGAUCGCAGCAUCAGCCAGUGCAGCCGUCUGAUCACCGGGGGAUCCUUGUCUUCCACCCCGAUGAGCACGCCUUGCAGCUCGGUUCCCCCUUCCCCAAGCUUUUCGGCGCCCAGCCCGGGCUCCGGGAGCGAGCAGAAGGCUCACCUGGAGGAUUUUUACUGGAUGAGCGGCUACCAACAGCAGCUGAAUCCCGAAGCGCUGGGCUUCAGCCCCGAAGACGCGGUAGAGGCGCUGAUCAGCAGCAGCCACCAGCUCCAGUCCUUCGAUGGCUAUGCAAGAGGGCAGCAGUUUGCCGGGUCGGCCGGGGCAGGAGGCGGCAUGGCCGGGGAGGAGAUGGGCUCAGCAGCCGCUGUGGUAUCGGCUGUUAUCGCUGCAGCAGCAGCGCAGAACGGAGGUCCCCACCACCACCACCACCAUCACCACCACGCCGGGGGACACCACCCCUCCACCGGGGUCCCGUCCAACGCUAGCUCGGCGGGCAGCCACCAACACAUGGGACACCUGGACCUGGACGACCGGUUUUCGGACGACCAGCUGGUGACCAUGUCAGUACGGGAGCUGAACCGACACCUCCGCGGGGUCAGCAAAGAGGAGGUGAUCCGGCUGAAACAGAAGAGGAGGACCCUAAAGAACAGAGGCUAUGCCCAGUCAUGCCGCUACAAGCGGGUCCAGCAGAGACAUGUUCUGGAGGGUGAGAAGACGCAGCUGGUCCAGCAGGUGGACCACCUCAAGGCGGAGAUGUCGCGGCUGGCCAGGGAGAGGGACGCAUACAAGGACAAGUACGAGAAGCUCAUCACCAACGGCUUCCGAGAAAACGGAUCCAGCAGUGACAACACCCCCUCAUCCCCAGAGUUCUUCAUGACGUCGAGAAAGUUCCUCCAUCUGUGAUAGUGACCCCUGAACCCUGCCCCCUGACCCUUGACCUGGAGUCUGAGAAACCAUGACAGAGGAAUGGUGAUGUCUUACCAACGUCGCUCCAUGGCACCGGACUGCGACAAAGCACAACGUCCACACAACGUCUCCAAACCACCCAUAAACCAACCGACAGUCCCUGUACAGAAGUCCAGACAGACCCAGUCACCCAACACUUUGUCUUUCAUGACGAGAUGAUUGACAGAAACAAAUUACAACAAAACCUAACACCCAAGAAAAAGACUUCAUGUUUGAUUCAACUACUAAAACUCCUGGAUUCCCUCUUCCUCUGGCAUCACCAGUAGCUACGGACGCAAUUCUGACUCAACAUGACAAAGAUACAGUACCUCCUCAUUGUAAAUAGCAUUUUGUAGAGUAUUCUAUGUAAUAAUAUGUAGGUUGGAGGUCUUUAACUGUAGACGGAUACUGUAGAGGGGAGAAGUGAUGACAGUGAGUCCCAUUUAGCCCAUGAUGUGAAUGUAAAUAAUAUACAGUAGGGCCUCGUAUGAAACAAAACUACUGCGUCUGUAUAUAGCCACGAAACUAUACCUCUAUGUAUAUAGGCAUUACAUUACACCUCCUUAUUUCUCCUACCCCCCUUCAAUCCCCCUAAACUAGCACAAUGAUACUCACCACUCCCUAUAUCUCUGUAGACAGACAUAGAAUAUAUAUAUACAGGAGGAGACUAGAGACACAGAGGGAAGAUACACAGUGUGGGAUGCAGGUGGCAACACACUGGAGUGAAAAACACAGGCCCACUUUGGCUGGAACUGGUGAACUCUCCCUGCCACAAAGACAGUCAGAGGGGAUGUGUUGCCCCUCGGACCGUCUCUCUUCUCCUCUCCCUUUAGUGUUAAACUACCACAGUUCAACCUGUAGCCACAGUGUAGCUAUUAGAUAAGAUGAAUUUGUACAUGUAUUUUACUCCUUAGUGAUGUGACGGGUCCAGUUCAAAAGUUUGGCAGCUUUCUACAGUCCACUCAAUGUACAAACGUGAUUGGUUUUCAUCUCCACUCCCUCCCCCUCCAUUCCUGAUUGGCUAGUCCUCCUCGCUCCUCUAGUCCUGAUGAGGCUGUUGAUAGUCAGUGGGAAUGUCCAUCAGACGGCCUGUUGGCCCGAUGGCCUCUCUGAGACCAGGCGCUCGCUUAGCUCCCACAGGCUGGCUGCAGUGGCCUGGUCUUUGGGCUGGGGGGGAGGGUAGGCAGCAGAAUUAGUUGUUGAAGUACAUGCCUCCGAAACCCUCCAGCUCCGGAGAUACUGCACAGUACACUGUGGUGGCUGACCCCUGUUGCUGUGAACUCACAGACAGAGAGAAAGAGUGAGAGAGAGAUACACACACAACAUGGAGGACCCUGAUCAACAUUAUCUUUGUGGGAGGAGAGGACCAUCAGAGAGAUACACAGAAACCCUCCCGUCUGCCAAGAGACAAAUGAGAUCCUGCCACUCUAAAGAUGCUGCCAAGACCUCCACCAGAAUAAACACACAUCUGGGCUCAGCGACCCCCCCACCAUCUUUCCUGCAUGACCCCAGAGCAUCUGUACGAGACAGAGGAGGAACUCCAUACAAAUGGAGAGAGACAGAUAGAGAUAUCGAGAGGAUAAACCCCAGAGACACCCCUCUCUGCCACAGCCCAUAAUAAUGGGACAGUGUUACCAUGGGGACCAUGGCCCUGUAUAUAUAUUUAUAUACAUAUAUUUAUUUCUAUAUUGUGUGUGAACAGGACUGCUAACUAUCCAGAGUGCAUGCUGAUGUAUAUGUGGUAAAUACAAUGCUAACUGUCCACAAAACAGCACAGAUCUCCGCAAAAAAAAAUAUAUAUACAAUUUUAGAACGCCACAAUCUCCAUGGGAUGGUGACAACUGUUCAUUCAAAUUUAAAGCAAACACAUCAACAUAUGUUGGACUUGCAAUCUCUAUAGCUGCAAUAUUUGGAUGUUAUUUUGUGGAGGUUUGCGCACCGCAAGGGCUGUUUUCUGGACAGAAGAUGUGACCCACGGUGUUCUAGACUGGGGAGGAGGGAGCAGCUCUUCUCAUUGCAGUGGAGAGCCAGAGGGUUCUAUAAAUAGACUGUAUAAGAGAACAUACAGUAUAUAUGUGAUGAUUACACAUCUGUUUAUGUUCACAUCAUCUAGGGAUUUAUGAGGGAAGUCAGACAUUUGGCUUUUAUUUCAGAGGUUUGCCAGGGUAAAGAGAGGUAUACACCCCUUAAGAGUAAUAUGUUGAGAAUUAGUGCUCUUGUAAACACACACACACACACACACACACACACACACACACACACACACACACACACACACACACACACUAUAUACAUGCAUGCACACACUCGUAAACCCCACUGCCCCUUACCCAUCCCUCUUCUCUCAGACAACAGACAACCCUCCCUACCCUAUACUCUCUAAUUAAGUGGGAAAUUACUUCUGUAUUUCUCAGUUUAACAUCUCAAAUCCAGUAUUCCGUAGUCUGUAGUCAAACUGUACUGAGACAUGCCUCCCUAAUUACCGUCACAGUCGGUAAUUAGGAGUGGAGAGGGGGAACGAGAAGGAGAGAGAGAGCGACAGGAAGAGAGAUUCCACAGCAUUUGAAACAGACGUCAGAGAGAAUUACAGCCAGAAGUCAGGCACUCAGAGGGAUCUUUCAUAUAGCCCUGCUGCUGGCUAAAAGCUGCUGUGACGUUGUGAGAAGAGAAGAGACUGUUCCGGAGCUGACUUCUAUAGACACACAUUAAAUAGUUAUCCCUGGCUCACUGCUAUUUAUCUACAAAUGAGACUGGUGGAGAGCACUGAUGAAAGACUGCAGAGCACUGUUUAGUGCAGUGCACUGGCACAGCACAGCAGCAAAAGCCUGUACACACACACACACACACACACACACACACACACACACACACACACACACACACACACACACACACACACACACACACACACACACACACACACACACACACACACUAAUAUACACCCACUUCAAAGGCCCAGCCUCAUUGAGACUCAUUUUAGCAUCAGCAGUCCAAGCUGGCAGAGCUUAACACAGGAAUAGACACACAUACUGAAAAAUGCCCAAACUGCUCCGGCGCGCACACACACUGACACUCAUUAAAAUCUAGAAAGACACACUCUCACACACACCCAUUCACAGAAUAAAGUGCAUGCACACUUACACACUCUCAUUGAGAAAUACAGACACACUAAACAAACUUCCUACUCAGUGUUGGUAGUAGCAGAUUGAGGCAGUUAGAAACAGCAGAUGAAACAACUGCAUCUCUCUGCUGUCUCCCUCCCUGCCAGCACACUGAUAACUCUACACACCUCACAGGACUGGCAUAUCAAAGGCUUACAAAUGUCAGUCAGUGUCUAACAGACACCCAGACCCAGACAUGCACGCUUCAAAAGCAGGGUGGCACAUCAUUUAGCUCUCAGUUAAGGUAUUUGCUUUAGAGACCUACACACAAACUCAUUGGAAGAUGGAAUAUAUUUGCCUGCUCAUUUCCCUCUGCUUCCAAGGUCCUCGUUUUCACACUGUUUUAGGUAAAGGGUGGUCAAGCAAUACAUUGGAAUGAUUUACACCUGACCUGAAAAUACUACACUGCACAGCUGUGGACUCUGUGUGCUCUGAGGGAAACUGUGCACACAGCAGAGAGAAAGGGAGGAAAGGAGAAUUGAGGAGAGAGUGAGUGUGUGUACACAGGGGUUAUCUUCUUGGUGUUUAGCGCUGCCCUCUCACUACUUGACCUGGUGACCCCUGUAAUAGAUAAACCUGAUGAGAUUAGACAUUAACAAGCUGAACCACCCUCCACCAGUGUCUGUCUGUCUGUCUGUCUGUCUGUCUGUCUGUCUGUCUGUCUGUCUGUCUGUCUGUCUGUCUGUCUGUCUGUCUGUCUGUCUGUCUGUCUGUCUGUCUGUCUGUCUGUCUGUCUGUCUGUCUGUCUGUGUCUAUCUAUCACAGGAAGAGAGAGAGAGAGAGAGAAGGAGAAUGGGCUUGGUCAAAGACAUGCACACACAAACCUCACACAAACUUCACACUCACACACACGCACGCACACACACGCUCUCUGAUUUAAACACUCUUAUACACUCUCACAGACACACCCACUCAUUCUGUCUGUCUGUCUGUCUGUCUGUCUGUCUGUCUGUCUGUCUGUCUGUCUGUCUGUCUGUCUGUCUGUCUGUCUGUCUGUCUGUCUGUCUGUCUGUCUGUCUGUCUGUCUGUCUGUCUGUCUGUCUGUCUGUCUGUGUCUAUCUAUCACAGGAAGAGAGAGAGAGAGAGAGCAGGAGAAUGGGCUUGGUCAAAGACAUGCACACACAAACCUCACACAAACUUCACACUCACACACACGCACGCACACAUACGCUCUCUGAUUUAAACACUCUUAUACACUCUCACAGACACACCCACUCAUUCACUCCAGGCAUGUACAGUAACCCAACAGAUGUGUUGUAUAAUCAUGUAAAUUAUAGAUAAUACCUUUACAUUUUAGGCGUUGACCAACCAAUGUCUCUUUCUGGUUUUAUACUAGUAUCUUGUCAAUGUCAAUUCUGAUUCUGAAAUACAUAGUUUUACAGAGAAAUGGCUCCGUUUUCUUAGGGUUGUUAUGUUCGUGUUAGACCGACCUGACCACCACACACUGGUGAGUGGAGAGGAGAGGGUUACACCAACUGUCCCCUAGACAGUACACAAAUAACCAGAACUGAAAAGAGGGAAUAGGGAAAAGACUAAAAUCACUCCCGCAAUAUGCUAAAAAUGUAGCAGGGUCCUAGCCAACCAGAGCGUUUCCAAUACAUUUACACACACAGAAACCCAACCUCUGCAUAGGGAGAAUCUAUAUGCUUUAAGAGAUGGAAAAACAGGCACUAAAUCAGCAGUAGUAACCUGACCCUGUCUGGCCAGAACCCUCACUGCUCUGGAAACUGGUCCCGGAUCACAUUUAUGUCUUCCAAUUUUCAAAAUAAUGAAAAUAUACUUUGGAAAGUAUUGUGCAACAUUUAACGGUUAAACAGACACAAUUCGGGCCUCCCGAGUGGCGCAGCGGUCUAAGGCACUGCAUCACAAUGCUAGAGGCAUCAGUACAGAUCCGGGUUCGAUCCCGGGCUGUAUCACAGCCGGGAGACCCAUGAGGCGGCACACAAUUGGCCCAGCAUUGUCCGAGUUAGGGGAGGGUUAGGCCGGCUGGGAUGUCCUUGUCUCAUCGUGCUCUAGAGACUCCUUGUGACGGCCGGGCACAUGCACGCUGACUUUGUUCGCCAGCUGUAUGGUGUUUCCUCCGACACAUUGGUGCGGCUGACUUCCGGGUUAAGCGAGCAGUGUGUCAAGAAGCAGUGUGGUCUGGCGGGGUCGUGUUUCGGAGGACGCAUGGCUCUCGAGCUUUGCCUCUCCCGAGUAAAUACGGGAAAUGAAGCAAUGGGACAAGACUGUAACUACCAAUUGGAUACCAGGAAAUUGUGGAGAAAAGAGGGUUAGUUUUUUUUCCUCCGAAAACAGCUAAAGGUAUUUGUAUUGAAAAGCAAGGUGGGAGAGAACAGAGAUAGUAGUGUUGAAGCAGUUUACUGUAUCUCAGUUAUUUGGCGUUAUCUUCAUAGUAUAACAUGUUACUGUGGUGAUCUUUAACCAUGUCCAAUCACUCUGCUUGUAUACUACAACAAUAAUAAAACAAGCAUUGUGCUAUUUGUUAGCAUAGGGUUAUUGUACCAGAGAAAAAAAACUGGUCUGAAAAAACAUGUUUUCUUUCUGCCUCUUCAAGGUUGUGCUCUGUCAUUCUGUCUCUGAUAAUAUGCGUGACACUUUACCCAGACGUCUGUAGUUAUGUAAUUGACCUCUAACCCCUGACCCCUGACCUGUAAAUACACCCAGUACUGUAGAGCAGUCUGUUUUUGUCCCAUCCCGUCCUGUCCUGUCCUGUACAUAAGAACAUGUAAAUAUCAAACAGCUAUGCAUGCUGAAACUCUAGCACUUCUUUCAGGUACUUUUAUAAUCCCAAACUUCUCAUAUGGCAUGUGCUGAAAAUCAACUAUAAAAAAAAGUAAUUAAAAAAAUGAAAAGAGAAUAAUAAAAAAGAACCAGACGAUGAUAUCCUGGACAACGUGUAAAGUCGUACAGUUUUCUUACUCCUGUGGGUGGUUCUCUUCUGUUCCUUUAACUGUCAUUCUUACUGUGGUCGAACCGUUCUGGUCAAGGUUCUGUUCAGUUGUGUUGAUGUGGGAAGGGUUGAAGCAAAGCAGAGAGGCAAUCCAAUCUGUACAGUGUUACCAACUAAAGCCUGGUUAAGUGGCUGCGUCCACAACUAUCGCCGGAGAGCAUACUCCUUUACUCUGGUGUAGAGAGCAGACAGGGGAAAUGGAUUGUGGUGUGGUUUUGUUCUUUUUUUAUAGAUCAAGAAUUGGAACUGUGUAGGCUACAGAACAAGCUUACAUGAUAAAAGGGUCACUGAAACUAGGACCAGUAUAUGAGAUUUGCCUCAGCCCUAGGACCCAGCCUGUCUGAGAUAACAGUCUAACAUGAAGAUCUAUCUAUGCCAUGAAGGAGAAGAUAGGACUCCAACAGGACUGUGUGCUUUUGUUGAUCCUUGUGGAAUGUUUAUUUCCAACCCCAUGGCGUUCACAAUAGAUGGAAGUGUGUGAUUGUUAAUCUGUGCUAAAGAUAUUUUACAUUUAAUAAAUUAUCAUUGUAACAAAAACA